AUGCAGCGCGCUCUGGUGUCAGUCAAGCCGCUGCUGCGGCGAGCUGCACCGUGCAACGGCCCUCAACUUCGAUCAUUGCCACGACUACCUGCUCGCGUGUCGAGGAGAUGUUUUGUCAACACGCCCACUCUCGCUGCCGGACCUCGAGGGCGGAAGCCUGGCACUAAAAUAAAGAUUGUCACCAUCGACGACAAGAUUGCGGAAUCGUUUACUCUAAAUGAGAAGAUCGAGACUCGCUACGUGCAAGAAAAGACGCCCGACAACAAGCUCUCCGAACCAAAGCCGCUCGCCCAGCUACUUCGCGAGAUCGAUCGGUCCGAAAGCUAUGUCCUGCAGCUGAGCAAGCCUGGAGAUGGCAACCACGCAAUUGUACAAGUGGUGCAGCGCAAGGACCUGAUUCAAAGAAUCAACAGUAAAGAGACGGCGGCUCGACAAUCUCAGCUUGCUCAGAAGGAGAAGAAGCCAAAGCAAAUCGAGCUGAAUUGGGCCAUCAGCGGCAACGACCUUCAGUUGAAGAUGAAACAAUUAGAGGAUUUCUUGCGGAAGGGCAAGAAAGUCGAAUUGCUGCUCGCCGCGAGAAAAUAUCAAAGAAAGGCAACGCAGCAGGAGGCUGAGGAACUGUUACGGACUGUGCAGGAGAAGCUUCAAGAGAUUGGAGCUACAGAGGUUGUUCCUAUGCAGGGCGCCUUUCCCAGGCAGGCUACAAUUACAGCGAAGAUUCCUUGA